CCAAACCACGGCUGGCUCUACUUGGCUCGCUCAGUUCUCUUCGUUUCGUGCAUGCAAGUCAUAAGAACCAACGGUGCUCCAACUUCUGUCCGCUCUCGUACACAAACACACACUGCACAGGAAAUCUCGACCCUGACUGACUGAAUUCUCCUUACCUUUUCGGAGACGCUACCUCAAAACACGGCCGUGCUUCGUGGUUGUGUGAACCCCACUGACUUUGCCUCCCUUGGUUGUCCAGGGGUCAAUUGUUGUAACUUAAAAAAACUCUGUGCAACCGGCUGCCGACAGGAAUCCAGUAACGGAGGACCAAGCAACAAAGAAGGAGUGACACGAGUUGUGGAGAAAGUGGGGAAAGCAGAGCGAAUCUCACUUUGCUCCGGGAGGAGUGUGCAAGUUGUUGAGUUGAGCAAGCAAAUUAUUCGGACACAACAACUCUUCUGGACAUUGGUCUAAAACACCGUUUUUUUGCGGAUGGUGACUAAUUUUAUGUGGAGGAGACAGGCAGACCAGGUGGUGGUCGUGGUGUGGUGGGUUUCUAGUUCCUAAUGACGCAGUGACCACGGAUGCUGAAAGGGAACUUCUCUGGGGAGUCGUUUUUCAGUGAAAGGUGCCAAGAGCAGAAGAAUAAAGAAUUCACUCCAUUUGUUACACGGAAGCGGAAGCUGGCUGGACUGGUGAAAUGACAAGACAGUGAAAAGUGUGAACAACUGGGAGUGACAAAUUAUUACACAGUGCGGUUUGUGGUCAGAUCUGAGUUUGACGCUGUCGAGAGGAAUACAUUCGCAUCAAGCUGCCGUGUUCUCUCUCUCUCUCGAGAAGGAGUGUCGUCAUAGCGUAUAAAUAAAUAUAAGAUCAUAGUUCGGACCGUGUCAUGUCCUUGCUGCUCUACCCGCCCCCCACCCAGUGCACAAAUUGUGAGUGAAAAGGGCGCGGGUGAAAGUGUGGGGUUGGUUGUCGCGUAAUGCUGAACCCUUGUCUCCGUGUUGAUGAGUCUCAAGCCGGCUUUGUCCUUGCCCUCGCCCUCCUCCUCCAGCACGGGCAGCAGCAGCAGCAGCAGGAGCAGUAGUCGUAGCAGCAGAGGUCGCAGUGGGGUUGACAACGAUGAACAAAUCCGAGGGUGGUGCCUCCAGUGGGAGUGGCAGUGGGAGCAGUAGUGGUGGGAGUGGUCUCCUUCUCUCAGACCUCCUCCUCUUUCCGCAGCAGCAGGGCGGCGGCGGCGGCGGCGGAUCGACGGACAUUGUGGAAUUUCUCCUCGACAAUGACACGACGAGUUCCACACCCUUCCCGAACGAUAAAAUAAUGGGGGAUCUCAUGUCAGACUUUGACAAAGCGUCCACCACUGCGAACCCCUACCAGAGCCCGCCCCUCGAGGUGGCUCUAUUAACCCUGAAAGGACUGAUAUUCAUAAGUAUAAUCGUGGCUGCGGUGAUUGGUAACAUGCUCGUGAUUGUUUCCGUGAUGAGACAUCGGAAGCUAAGGAUCCUCACCAAUUACUUUUACGUCUCCCUAGCCAUGGCAGACAUGCUCGUCGCCCUGUGCGCCAUGUCCUUCAACGCAGCUCUCAGUCUCAACGGAGGUAAAUGGUUGUGGGGAUGGUACCUCUGUGACAUUUGGAAUUCGUUAGAUGUCUACUUUUGCACUGCGUCAAUUCUCCAUUUGUGUUGUAUAUCGGUGGAUCGCUACUAUGCAAUUUGCCGCCCGUUGGAGUACCCACUCAAGAUGACGCAUAGGACUGUUCGCAUCAUGAUAGGUUCAAUUUGGAUCCUGCCGUCGUUCUUGUCAUUCACACCAAUCUUCCUGGGAAUUUACACCACGGAGGAGUACCUCGAGCUACGGAGGAAGAAUCCUGAGCUAUGUGAUUUCGUUCCAAAUACCGUGUACGCGGUGGUGUCGAGUUCGAUCUCAUUCUGGAUCCCGGCGAUCGUGAUGAUAGUGAUGUACUCCAAGAUCUUCCGGGAGGCUCUGCGCCAGAAACGUGCCCUCUCUUCCACCUCCGCCUGCCUCGUCCUCCAACACGUCAACAGUACCUCUCGAUCUUCGAACCACAAUCGUCGCUCCUACCGCUCUGAGAUCACUCAGAAUGGUUCCACGUCGACGGCCGUCUGUGACAACAAGUCGCAGCAGAAGUGGAAGCACGAGCACAAAGCUGCCCGAACCCUGGGGAUAAUAAUGGGAACCUUCGUGGCAUGUUGGGUCCCGUUUUUCACCUGGUACAUGGUAUCUUCCCUCCUCAAGUUCACGUCCCCCGAGUGGUUGGUACAAACGAUGUUCUGGAUUGGGUACUUCAACAGCACUCUGAACCCGAUAAUUUAUGCUUAUUUCAACCGAGACUUCAGGGACGCCUUCAAGGAGACGAUUCAGUGCGUGUUCCUCUUCCCCAGGAAAAAUAACACGCAGUCCUACGUCUAACGAGAGCAGAAGGCAGCAUCCUCCUCCUCAGCAACCAAAACCAAACCUAAACCACCCACUUUUUCUGUAAUACUUGACGUUCUUCUCCUACGUACGACCCAGUUUAAAUAUUUAGAAUGGAAGAAAAACCACCCAUGUGAUCAAAAGACUCUCUUAAUCUCUCUUAAGGCAUAAAUACCUCUGUACCCAAAAAAGAAGCUUAAAUAUUAUUACGAUUAAUUCAUUAAUUGCUAACUACAAGAUUUCUUCGUAUUUGGCAGGCAGGGAAAAUUGGGUGGUUCUGUAACGGAUGAGUGAGACGGUAGUUAGUAUAAGAAGUUACCUGCUUGCUUAUCAAACAAUUGUGUGCUUAUAUAUUUUUCCACGUCACAACCAAAUGGGAGUGGGGCGAGUACUGAUGACGAGUAUUAAGUAUUUCUGUGUGCAAAGACUUAUCAUAAUGGGAGAGAAAGUGACCAUUCCACACUUUAGGAAAAAAGAAAGCUGUGUAACACCCACUGAAAUUGGAAAGGUUAAAAGUUGCAUAAUUGUAAUCCCGCGCGCCCGUUCUAUAAUUGACCUGUUUUUUCCCGUAAAAAAUGACUUUUACCACAUCUCCUGUCAGCUCGAAUUUAUUAAGUGGUGCAGAAGCUGACCCACAUCUCUCUUCUUCUGCUUCUUCUUCUUCUUGGCCCAGUGUUCUCCUGUCAUGUUAAGUCGCUUAUCGGGGAUGUACGUACGUACGUCAUAUUUCUUCCAUCGCUGGCCCAUGGACCUCGUUCGGCCUGGUAUCUCCUCUCAGGGAGGAGGGAGAUUAGUUGAUGUAAAGUGAAGUGAUGUGGGUGGGUGGGUGGUAGGAUUGGAUGAUGGGUGGGCAGUCCUUGAGGAAAGUUCUUCUACUUAUUUACCUCUCCUGUGACGAGAUUGAGACGGUGGAAGGAAUCAGAUUAAGGAAAAAGAGACAUUUCCCAUUUUUUAAUCAAGAGAAAACUUUUUCCCUUCGCCUAGUGUGCCCUGCCUGCCUGCCUGCCUGCCUGCCCACCUAAUUCCGUAAUCAUUCCAGACCAACCAACCAACAGAAAGUUUGAAAAAGUUGUUCCACUUUUUUCUACGAGUCGUCAUCGUCGUCGACGCCGUUAUUCCCAAUUCGAAUUUACUUCUUUCAUUAGCCAAAGUGUGUGAAGUGGAUGUAGUACAAAUGUUGGAGAAGUGAGAGAAAGGGGAGAAUGUAUUUUUUGGAAUUAAUUCCCCGACUCUAAACUCGUGUAGGUGUCUGAAUGCCGUAAGAAAGAAAGGAAGAAAGGUAAUAAUGAGGAGAGAGUCAGGAAUUAAGCCAUUUGGUAAAUGAAGUAUUUAUCGAUGGACAUGCAGGAGCAGGCCCGUAAGGUCCAGCGCUUGCAGUGGUGCUUGAUUAGGAUCGAUGCAAGCUGGCUGGAUAGAGAUGUCUGGAGGAGAAUUAGUCGGCUCCAGUGCGCUCCAACCUCCCCAAAAAAUGCACUUUCAUGAGGAACAUCUUUAAAUUUACUCGCUCCAAGAACUUCCACUUUCACCUGGCUGACUGGUCGACAGACCUGCCUCACCUCCACGUGUUAGGAGCUAGAGGAGUAGAUGUUGGGCAGGACUUCAAGGUCUUCACCACCGUAAAAACCCUCCCAGAACUGAUCUACUACAUCCAUACGUACACAACACAUAACCAACAAGAGCACCAUCAGCACAAACCAGGAGCUGAAUGACAUGCAACACGUCAGCAUCUCAUCUCGAGCAGGAGGGAACACACGUAUUGUAGUGCUGGCAUUUGGUCGAAUGUGGUUUUUGGGGCGAGCGUUUUCUCCGGACCGCACCACCACCAGGAUUUCAUUGCACAUCACCAUGCGAAAAUAAAACUCCCCACUUACUUGACUCACCAACGGACCGACGAAGCAAACCUUGAUCUGUUCUUCUCUCCAGUAGAGCUCCAAGUUGAUGGCGUGGUCGUUCGUGUGUAAAUUAAUUCUUUUCCCACUUGGUUUUUUAUUCGAGUUCCAUCCAUCCGAUAUUAUCAGCCCUAAUGGGUUUGGAUGCGUGGUGGUGGUGGUGCUGCUGAGAGAUACGGUUCGUUGGGACGGUUUAUUUUAUUCCUCUCCCUUCAAAAUGGAGAUUUUUCCGCUCUGCCCCAGCAUUUCUUUGCCCACAAAGAGGAGAAAGUGGUGAGAGAAAGCUACAGCUGCAUCACUACCCACCCAAUCCAGGAACGGACACCAGUCUUAAACAAUUACUUGGCUGAUUGAUGGAAUUCUUGGAAGCUGGCUGGCUCCAAAGAGAUUAACUGCGACAUGGUUCCUGCGAUGGGGGAACCUUCGCUCGCUCCUUCCUUCCUUCGUGGUGGUGGUGAUGAUGAUGGUGAUGAACAUGGGAAAAUGGACAGGUUGUUGGUGGGACGGACAGGAGGACACACUAAUCCAACUCCUGCUGGACUCCUCUCUCGGGUUAAAACAACAGGUGAAAGUUUCCACUAGGAUUUCAAUGUCUCUUUUUAACACGAAGUAAUGAUCACACCAAGUAAUCCGAGUGGAAAAACAAAAGAAACGCAGUUCACCUCCGGCAUGAGGGGCCUUGAUGAUGGCUCCGGAAAAUGAAAAACAGGGAGCGAGUGGGCGUCACUCCUCUCCUGUGAGAAAUUUGUUACUCAAUUGUCCUUCUGGACGAUAAUUUGUCAUCCUUCGUAGCUCAAGAUGUUGGCAAAGGGACGUUGUGUAAGCUUUUUAAAACCAAGAUGUUGUUGUUGUUGUGUAAGACUUUACUUUCGAGGGAAUGGGUUAACUGGAGUUGAGUCAACAUGGCGGCGGUGGUGGUUGAAGGGGUAGCACGUGGGCAAACUGGUAGGCAAUAAACGAGUAGGAAGAAAGGUGGUGAAAGUGAGGAGGAAAGUAAUGAAAAGUGGAUUGAUUGUCUUUGUCCUGCUGGGAGGGCGAGCGAGAGGGGAGUCGUGACCCAAGUGCGGAAUGAGAUGGGUGCGGUGUGGUGGUGACCAUUAUUGAUUAAAAAGUGUUUCAUUUCCCAAAUAGCCAUUAGUUCCGAGGUCGCUUUUCUCGGUCUCAUUCCAGGCCGUGUCCAUCAGAGUGAAGCUCAUGCACUCACCUCGAAAAAUGAUGAUAAGGAGAAGACGGGCUUGAUCUCCACCAAUUUGAUCCCUCCAAUUCUCUCUCUCUCUCUGCUUUCUUACUUUCUCUCUCUCUCCCCGAAUCCCCAGCUCCCAAAUCAAUUGAGUCCCAGAGACAAUCAGAUGACUUAUCCUUUGAUCUCGCCACGCCACUAGAAUUUCUCCAGGGCCAUAAACCACCACCACCGGCCGGUCGCCCAGCUCGCCGUCCCACCAGACCACCCUCUCAUCCCCGUCAUUAUUUUCUCUCUCCAUGUAGUCAGAUGAGCCCAGAGAGGAAGAAAAAAGUUUCCUCUGACCAACCCAACCUGCUCCGCUUAUUCAAACAGUGCCAUUCUGCGUAUUAUGUACUCCGCCUGGUGAAUCUGGUCUCUCGUACUCUUCCUCCGCUCUCUCUCUCGAUCAUCCACCUCCAGCAGGUCUCCCCUUUCCACUCGCAUUUCAUAAUGACACAAAGUUGGGAUGGAAAUGAGAGAGAGAGACCGGAAAUGGAGAGACAAUUCUCCUCUUUAAUCUUUCUCCGUCGUAGUUUUAUCUCCUCUUUCUGAGCUCCCCCUCAUCUUCCUCCAUCCGCAGUGGCCGCCUCCGUGUGUGUGUGGGUUUGGUCAUAUAAAUUGCAUAUUAUCGAAGGAUGAUGUGUCAUUAUAAGCAUUAUUAUUUUCAUCCAGUCCCAAGUCCCGGGUGACUCUUGUCCCACCGGGUUUGCCAGAUUUCUUGCAACUCCUCUCCUGACUCACCAUGAGAGAGUGGAUUUAAUGGACACUUUUGGGUUGCACACUUGAACACACUUUAAUAAAGGAGAGAAAACUGUUCGAGUGAGUGGAGUGACAGUCAAAUAACCGACGACGCUGUGCCCUUGAAGAUCCUCGAGGAGAAAAGAGGCGGUGAGAGGAAGUUGGCGGUGGUGGUGGUGGUGGUGAGCGAGGGAUGAUGGGGACGAUGAGGAGAUGAAAAUUAAUAUGAUUCCACCACUGCGAUCUCCUCACACUCCCUCCUUCCAAUAAAACAAAGAGAAAGUUGCCUCGUUGUGGGGAAGGAAGAAAGAAAGUUGGUUCGUUGGUUUGAUCGGUUGGAGCAGUUUGAAGGAUUCCUGUCUGCUUUCAUUUCAUUUUUGUGGUGGUUGCUGGUGGUGCUGCAAGGAUUGUAUGGUUGACGGAUCGAUAAGGCGACACCGGUUGUGCAGGAGAGAGAGCGAGAGGUGGAGGAGGAUGGGUGGUGUUAGGAGUGGUGGUGGUGGUGGAAGGUCUGUGUAUGUUGGGUUGGAAAUGAGAAGUUGAGAUGGAUGUGACCUGAAUAUGAAUUGGGGAGAGGAGGAGGUGGAGGGAGGGAGCCGGAGAAAAGGGCAAAUAAAUAGGUGUGGUGGUGCAAAGUUAACGGGCCGGGAGAGAAAUUACUAUGCUGCGAGGACUCCAAAAAAUGCACUUGAUCCUUUAUUCAAUCCAUCCCAGUCUCCUUCUUCUCCGUCUUCUCCGUCGUCCGUAUGUGGCAGGCUUGUGAGGUCGGCGGAGGUGGUGCUUUCAAGUCCUUACUUAUUUACAACAAUACCGAAUGAUGCUGUUUUCCCCCGUUACACAACCCGCAGUUUUGCACCGUGUCGAAGCAGCGGAGAGGAAACAGGAGGAGAGGAAGGGCCAUUUAGGUUUAAGGACAGAGUUUGGGUGAUUCGUCCCGAGAGAGAGUUUACAAACUGAUUCAAUUUUUAAAAUGCCAUGAACUCAAGCAGAGCACAAACCAUAAACCAUCUUCGCAAAUCUCCUGCGCGUCAUGCAUUUUAUUUUUAGUGAAUAAAAUGCAAGCUUUCGGAAUGAUUUAAUCCCAUCCCUUUCAAUAUUUAAUAGCAUGCAGCGUUUUCCCAUGAAACGGAAUAAUGGCGACUAUGUAGUGAGCUCUCAUCAGCAUCAUCAUGACGAGAUGACGCCAGCGGGCGGAUGAUUUUCCUCCAAACUCGUCUCCUUCUUCUUCUUAUUAUUACUUUCACUUUCACCCCGAUUGAUCCCCAACCUUUUCUUGCUUUAUGUCUUCUAAACUCUCUCUCUCACUCUCACUCUCUCUCCUUGCUUGUCCUCUCAUCAGCCCCAACCAAACACGUCGUCGUCGUCCUUGUCUCUUCUCCUCCUGAAAUGAAAGUUGAGCUCCCUUGAGAGAGCGUCCUGGUGGCGACAGCGGUGGUGCUGGUGGGGUGGUCACUUGGCUUUCCUUUCUUCCACCAGUCUGAAAUUGUCACAAGUAAUAAAUGUCAUCAGCCUGCUCGCCUCGCGUACCAUUGAUUGCAUUACAUUUCGUAACACGGCCAUGUCAGCGCAGUUUAGAGAAAAAUGAGAUAUUGUUAUUGCUCCAAGUACGUAAACUGGAAUGUGAAACCCAACUCAAAAAGUAAUUAUGGUUGGUUCAUACUUAUCCUUAGAUUCCAGGAAUAAUUUAGCAGAAGAGAAACCAAUAAUUUUUUCAGACUUAUUACCUUUUUUUAUAGCAUCCUUGCCUCAGCAUUUAUUUUUUCUUUGCCUUUUCCCAACCUCCUUCGAACCAUCCGUGUCGAACCAGAGCUCUAUUUGCGUACAUGUAGAGUGCAUGGUGAAUGUAUGCAAGAAGAUAAUGCCACACUCUACUAUGUUACAACCAUUACUUUAGUCAAUAAACUGUAAGCUAAGCGCGAUGACGAAUCAUAGCCUCUUAACUAAAGAAUAAUAUUCCCACUACUUUGUAUGCAACCCAACCAACACAAUCAACAUUGUCAACCAACCAAAGAAAAAAAGCUCUUUGGCGUGUUUAAAUUAUUUUAUAAAAAAACAUGAAAAAGUAAAAUGUCAAAUUAAGCGUAGUAGAUUAUUCCUUUUGUAAGCUGAUUGAACGCAACGCUACAUGUUAUUAAAUAUGAUGAGUUAUUUAACAUUUAUGUAGAAAUAAAGGUGGGACUUUUGUAACCAAUUUGUAUUCCAAAGAAGGUGACUCUUCUUGAGUAGGAGAAGAGGAGGGGCUACGAAUAAGUACAAGUGCGGAGGAGGACGAGACGAAGAAAACUGUAAUCUAAGUAAUUAAAUUAGUUGGGAAAAUCAUCAUGACAUUUUAGCAGAGAACUAUAUACAAGAUGUAAUAAGUGUAUUUAAGUAAGUGUGUCAUCUGUUUAGAUUAAGUGUAUAAUAAUUGCUACAUACUUACUUAUCUAGAGUGCAACAUCUCAUGUAUGGUUAUAUAUUCUUCCCCUGCGUGGGUGGGUGGGUGUACAUGUUGGUGGGACGUUGCAUUGUGUGUGUCAGGUAACUAAACAGACGGAAACGUGUGUGUGCUAACAAAACUGAGAUUCCCUUCAGAAAGAGAGAAAGCUAGAUUCGUAAAUAUGUAUUUAGUGAGUAGUAAUAAAAUGCGGCCAGACGUGAAAGAAAGCCUUCCUACCUACACACCCACAAGACGAGAUCCAGAUAACAGGCUUUCUCCAGAUUGUGUGGGACGUGGUAUGUCAAACCUGUGAGAAGUGAAACUUGAGACGAGAGUGGAAUGCAUGCAAAUUGUGAGAGCUCUCUUUUCCUGUUCUACAUAAUUACCUUAUUCUUUUACUCUUUAUUAUUUCUACGUCAUCCUCGUGCAUUGUUUUAUGUACGUACGUACGCGGGCAGAAAAACUGUGUCGAGCCACCGUCGUAUUAUUACUCGAAGAAAAAUCCAGUUAUUUUUAUUGUCACUGGGGAAAGUAAACUGCAAAAUAAUUCUCUUCGCGUUGCCGUCAACAAGAUCACCUCGAGAUACAAGGACUACUCAGAAAGUAUUUUUUAUUUCACAAUGAACAAGUCGUAUAAACUUGGUUGUAAAAUUUUUAUCUUUAUGAUAUUAUUAACAUUUUCAUUAUGUUUGUGUCAUGUGGGUGAUGGCACAGGUUGGAAUUUGGCUGGGAAGGAGUUAGUAUUACAAUGGGAUUGAUGUUCUGGUGCUGAGAAGACGAGGAAGAAGCCGACCUCAACCUUUCCCUAAUUGCGGAAAGAACGAAAGAGCUUUUCCUCCAUCCUAAUGAGAGGGUGAAAUGGAGCCCUUCAUUAAAACUUGGGUGAGGGUGGGCUUUGAUGGGCGGAGGUGGCGGAGGUGUCCAAGUACAAAUUGGUAACCGUAAGGAAAUCACGAUGGAGUAACAAAUCACUGGUUUUUGAACACUUGAAUUUUUUAAUUACUUGAGAAUAAAUAUUGAAGAGGGAGAAGGUUGGUUGAGGAAAAGAGUAGAUUAUACGUGUGUACAGGGAAAAUGGGAAAGCCGUCUUGUUUUUCGUGAUGUGUGGAAGGAUGCGAUGAGAAUGACGAUCAAACUGUUUCAUGAUACUAUAUUAGGAGCUUAUCUAGAGAUAACCAAAAACCAACCAAACCAAAACUGACUUGAUAUGACAAGAUAGCGUGCGUACGUACGUGUGUAUGUACACCCUCCCAAAAGUCUCUACUUGUUACGAUGAUAUAUGUAAAUGUGUGUACCUACAUGUAAAAUAUCUCCUUGUCAUUACUACCUGCGUAGCUAACUAACUACUUAAGCAAGCUACACAUAUUUAAUACAUGUUUAGAACUGAUCCGCGGCCGGAAGAGAGGCUGAAGAUGAGCUGAGCUACAUAUUUCUUAUUCUUAAAAUGUAAACCGAUUUAUACGAGGAGGAGAAAGUUGAAAGGAAAACGAAACGGGGUAACCUAACCAAAAACCAAACAGCUACUUACAUACAUAAGAAUACUAUGUUAGAAAUGCGACACACACACAACCAUACAAAGCAACCCGACUGUCAAUAAUAUCUUUUUACCUCUAAUCCUUAAAUAAGUAAGUGUACUAAUUGUAACAGAGUUUAAGCAGCCGGCCCCACUACAUGACUAUUGUUAUCAUAAGUAUGUAUAUCCCCCGUACUACUACUCACUUACCUACUAUGCACAGAUCCAUACUUCCCGUUCAUUUAAUAUUUACUCUAAGUUCAUCAUCUACUCAGAGAGGAUAGUAAAUCUAAAUAUACAUAAAUAUAUAUUAUAUAUGUGUCCUGUAAUGUACGGAUAAAUGUAAACGUGUGUGCAUGUGUACGGCGCUGUGCUACAAAAGAGCAACGCUACACAAGUCCAACAAGAACUACUGAAUAAAAUGAAAUUACAGAAAAUGGGA